AUGACCCCACGAGCCGGAACGAUGCGGCUGGCCUGCAUGUUCUCAUCCAUCCUGCUGUUUGGAGCCGCAGGCCUCCUCCUCUUCAUCAGCCUGCAGGACCCCACGGAGCUCUCCCCUCGGCAGGUGCCAGGAAUAAAGUUCAGCAUCAGGCCACAGCAGCCCUACAACGAUCUCCCACCAGGCAGUUCCCGGGAUGGUGACUUGAAGGCCCCUACGGAGAAGGUCACCCGAGACUUGUCCAGCCGGGCCCCAAGGGGCCUCAACCUGCUGGUACCCGACCGGCCUCGAGCCCCCCGAAACAUGGGGGCCCGUCUGCGACCCCGGCAGCGCCGCCGGCGGCUGCUCAUCAAGAAGACGCCCGCUGCUGCAGCAGCCAUCCCGGCCAACGGCUCGGCCGGUGCCUUUGUGCGGCCGGCGCCCUGGGCCGCGGCCGGCCACUGGGUCACCCUGCAGCGGAGCCAGCAGGAGCGCAAGCGGGUGAUGCGCGAGGCGUGCGCCAAGUACCGGGCGAGCAGCAGCCGCAGGGCGGUCACGCCCCGGCACGUGUCCCGCCUCUUCGUGGAGGACCGCCACCGGGUGCUGUACUGCGAGGUGCCCAAGGCGGGCUGCUCCAACUGGAAGCGGGUGCUCAUGGUGAUGGCCGGGCUGGCCUCGUCCACCGCGGACAUCCAGCACAACACCGUGCACUACGGCGGCGCCCUCCGGCGGCUGGACACCUUCGACCGCCAGGGCAUCCUGCACCGCCUCAGCACCUACACCAAGAUGCUCUUUGUCCGCGAGCCCUUCGAGAGGCUGGUCUCCGCCUUCCGCGACAAGUUCGAGCACCCCAAUAGCUACUACCACCCUGUCUUCGGCAAGGCCAUCCUGGCCCGGUACCGGGCCAACGCCUCUCGCGAGGCGCUGCGGACGGGCUCCGGCGUGCGCUUCCCCGAGUUCGUCCAGUACCUGCUGGACGUGCACCGGCCCGUGGGCAUGGACAUCCACUGGGACCACGUCAGCCGGCUCUGCAGCCCCUGCCUCAUCGACUAUGACUUCGUGGGCAAGUUUGAGAGCAUGGAGGAGGAUGCCAACUUCUUCCUGAGCCUCAUCCGGGCGCCGCGGAACCUGACCUUCCCCCAGUUCAAAGACCGGCACUCGCAGGAGGCCCGGACCACGGCCCAGAUCACCCACCAGUACUUCACCCAGCUCUCGGCCCUGCAGAGACAGCGCACCUACGACUUCUACUACAUGGACUACCUGAUGUUCAACUACUCCAAGCCCUUUGCAGACCUGUACUGA